AUGGCGCACCGGGAUUCCACCCCAGUGCAUGUUCCACUUCGAACCUCGAGCCGGAAUCUUUUACGACCUGGAGCGAUGGAGGACCACAAGAACUCGGGCUUCGUGGAGCGCAAGACCUCCAAGGCUCAACGCAUCCUAGGAACGGACUUGCCUUUGCCAAAUGGUCAAAACGGAUGGGACAGCCUGCAGCCGACACAACAGAAGAAGCCCAAGUCCCGACGACAAAGCUUGCGGACGCCCGACAGUACCUCGAGGUCCCGCAAACAACACACAAGCUUUGCUGCUUUCCCAAAAUCCGAGGACACCAUCCAAGUCCCUCCUCAAAACCUUCGUGUGCGAGCCUCCUCGCCUCUGUUGGGCCAAGAAUACCGAUCCCAAGAUCCCGUACCGCCGAUGCCCAAGCCGUCGAAGAAGAUCCACCCAUCCAGUUCCUCGUCCACACUCUUCUCCUACUUCAGUUCCAAGGAAAAGGAUCCCUCGAAGUCCAAAUUGUCACCCACAACCCCAAAGGGCCUUCAGCCUAGAGUUCGCAAUGAGUGGCAGGCAGAUCCCCAGGUUACUUUCCAACAGCCUCCACCUCCGAAAGAGUCAAAGCGAAAGCUCCGGCCCCCACGCAUUGACCUGUCCGUUCUUUUCCCUAAGCCCCGCAAACCCACCACCAACCCCCAUCUCCUAUCGCCUCAACGUAUGACUAGCUCCCCGUCUCCUGUUUCCACCGUUGUCUCGGAUUGGCCUUCUAACAAGGCCGACCAAGCCGGAAGCAAUUCAACCGCGAGACGAUUUGGAGACGCAUUGCCUGCUCGUUCCUCAGUGUUUCAAAAUGAGGCUCCCAAGCCAACCGUCGACCGUUCUGACCGCUCCGAUCUCUUAUCAAUUCCCGAAUCCAAGAAUUACGAAUGGUAUGAACCCCCACUGGAGCGCACGGUAGGGACCAGUGAGAUCGACCUCGCUCUGGAUCGAUAUGCCGGACGACGAUCGCUCUUUAGCCGCUCCAGUGUUUACACGGCAAGUCGAGAGCAGCUGCAGGCGGAUCAGCGCAAUACGGAUCAGCGGAAUACGGAUCAGCGGAAUACUGAUUCGGGCACAAAUGCGAGACGUACUCGCAGUCCAUCAGGCAACCGCCGCAAGGAUUCUUACCUGGCUCCUGCGUCUCAGCCAGAACCCAAUCGUCCUCGAAAGGUCAGCUCGGCCGCAGAGAGCAACUCGCGAAGUGUCAAGAGCUCUAUGACCAAAAAGAGCAGCAAGAGUACUUUGAAAAACAAGGACCUCCAGAAUUCCAGUGUACUCUGUCUUUCGUCAUCUUCAGAGGAUGAGACAGAGGAGGACAUAGACACACCGACAGACUCACGUCCAAACCAAGGAAAAAGCAAUCGGGAUAGCGUUGCUACGUAUGACGAGUUUGACGCUGAAAUCUACACUGCCUCGACUGCCCAGACUGCCACUGCCCAUAUGUACAAAAAGUCCUCUAGCAGCCGUGGAUCGCAUCCGAAAACACAGAGGCAAGAGAACCAGCAACAAGUCCAGCAGGCCCAGCAACCCAAGCAGAGAAGGUCUAGCCGCAGAGAUACAACUGCGUCAGCUAAUAGCAAGUCGACAACAAAAACCACCCAAUCCCGGCGGUCCAGCGGUGCCCCUGCUCUUCCUCAGCAGGACAUCUUGGACCAGUUCCCGCAACAGCGACUACGCCCACCCCAUGAGCUGAAGGAGAUGAACCGGAGAAGUCGAGUCAUUGCGGUGACUCGGCAGGAACAGGAUCUUUUGGAAGCAAUGCGGUUGCGAAAGGGCAAGGUUACCCCAAGUCUCUUCCAUCACAACGGGGCCCCGUCAGUCCCGGAGAUUGAUCGCAGCUCGAUAAUCUCUGGGCCAUCGCGUGAUUCCUUCGUCGGAUCGGACACUUCGUUCCUGCGUCUCAGUGCGGCAUUCCCCCCUUUCCAAGCCCGAACAGAUCAAGGUGCUACUCAAAUGGAUGGACCGCCCUCGCAGAGUUCGAGUUCUGAUACUGAACAGAAAAUCGGUAAUUCGGUUGCCUCGUCCCGUUUUAGUACGGCGUAUUCCGAAAGCCUUCCUUCUCCCGCUACCAGCGGCGCUUCUCCCUUGACUCCGACUCUCCCAAUCCACCGCUUCUCGCCUCUCCCAUCCCCGAAGCCGCCACCACGCGGUCCCCCGCCAGCUAUCCCCGAGGACCAAAAGCGUCAUAGCCGUCGCCGCACCGACAGCAGUGAAGCUAUCAUGCUUGACAACGGCGACCCGCAAAACAAGCAUGAUCUCCCCCUCUGGUCUUUCGACUUUGACUGGAACACCCAUGACCGAAGCAACGUUGCUGCUGUGCAUUAA